UGGGAAAGCAUUUUAUUAAAACGUUUGUUUCUAUUGGCCCAAAGGAUAAUGCGUGCAUCAGUAGGCUUCUCAGUGCUUACAGAUGGUGUUUUGGCAAAAACUGAGUGGAGGGAUUUUUUUAACUCUUCUACAACCUAGCUGUAUUGUUUGCAGAUUUGAAUGUAUUCACUUAAUAUAUUAAAUGUUUAAUAUUAAAUAUCAAUUAACUUAAAAUGUUUAGUUUUUUUAUUGUUUUGAGACGGAGUCUCCCUCUGUCACCCAGGCUGGAAUGCAGUGGCACAAUCUCGGCUCGCUACAACCUCUGCUUCCCGGGUUCAAGCGAUUCUCCUGCCUCAGCCUCCCGAGUAGCUGGGACUUCAGGCCCAGUAGAGACGGGGGUUCACCAUGUUAGCCAGGAUGGUCUCCAUCUCCUGACCUCGUGAUUUGCCCGCCUCGGCCUCCCAAAGUGCUGGGAUUACAGGCGUGAGUCACCGCGCCCGGCCAAAAUAUUUAAAGACAGUAUGACAGGAGAGAGGGGUUGGCCUGACACGUAGACCAGCCUCCUGGGUUCGCAGAGGGUGCAUUUGGUCUUCUGCUCUCACUGCCCCACCCCAUGGGGGAAAGAGGUGCAUCUCCAUUUUUAAAUUCCUCCUUUGAGCUAUAGUGGCAAACUCAGCAACUAAGUAGAUCCCAAGCCUGUAGUUUCUUUUUUCUUCUGGGCCUUGAGAGCUCAUGUCCCCGCACCUGGAAUCUUUCAAGGAUGUCCGGGCCAUCCGGGAAUUACUGCGUGUGCACACACACAAAAACACGCCCCUAACACCAGAGGCUGGCUGUUAUGAUUCUGUUUUCGAGCCUACUGUAUUCACCUGUCUGCCCGUCAGCUACUUCUAGGAGCGUCAAAAGGGCCUCACCCAGAGACUACAGACCCCCCGGUGGAGAAGUGUACUAGGCCGUGUCUACAGCUGGAGCCCUCGGCCUGAAAUGUCUCUGGCUUUAGCAAAGCGGCGACAGUGUCCAACCCCAGUCCCCGAGGAGGGAUGUCAGCCCUGGGCUCCUGUGAGCGCUGCAGAUUCGUCCCAGGAAAGGGUGACCGGGGUCGCUGCUCCGGGAUUACCAGCUAAAUACCUGUAUUAGCAUCCUCAGCACGCACUGGGAGACGCAGCUCAAGUCCGCUCCCCUUCUUGCACCCUCAUAUAUAUUUGGUGCAAAAUGGAGAACCUUUUCCCCUACGUUUGUGUAAAAAUAUAUGUAAAUAAAGCUUUAAAAUAGUGUUACCGACCCCCUUUUCCACUCGCAAUAAGAUUGACUAUAAAUGCUGAUAAUUCCAGAAAAAUCUCGACUCUUCCUUGAGUAGUCUGGAGCUAGCAGGUGCAAGUUUAGAAACAGUAACUCAUCACUGAGGGAGGCACUGAAAAUUUUAUAACUGUUAACUGGACUCUAAAUUUCCAUGUGAAUGGGCUGUCUCUGGUCCCGUGUCAAGAGACUAAUAUUUUUCCAGAAGCCUGAAAAUAUGCUUUUAUGAUGUCGGGAGUCUCAAACGUAAAAACGGACUCCUAACCCUCUGGAUGUUUCGGAUGAACUCUCAACUGUCCACCAGCUCCCCCUACACGUGGCUCCUUAGAAAGCGUGGAAAAGGGAAAAAUGAAAAGAGAAACUGCCAGGACUUAAGAUGUCUGCUUAAAGACCCCCUCGAACUGCAGUGAAGGGUCUACCCGCUUCCAAAAUGUCCACCCGCAGUCCUGACGUCACUGGAUCGGCUCCAUCAAGCCAGAAAACGAGAGUGCGCUCCAAUCAGGGCUCAGUCCCCGCCCUUGCCUUGCGUCACUUCCGGUGGUGCAGCAGCCAUUUUGUCAGUCGCCAGCGGAUCCCGCGCGCUGGAGAAGUGCAGUUCCCCCUGGUUACCAACUCGCCCGCUUUUCCUUCGGACUAAGGGAACCGUCGAAGAGCGCUCGCCAAAGGCGCAGCCGUUUCUCCCUACGGUGCCGCCGCUCCUCCUGCAGCCGCCCGUAGGUAGUGGGCCGUUUUCCUCACCUGUCCCUGACAGGCGCCCUCAGGGAGCGGCGGUCCGCGAUGUCAAGCGAGGAAAGCUACCGGGCCAUCCUGCGUUACCUGACGAACGAGCGCGAGCCGUACGCGCCGGGCACCGAGGGCAAUGUCAAGCGUAAAAUCCGAAAAGCUGCCGCCUGCUACGUGGUGCGCGGCGGGACUCUGUAUUACCAGCGGCGGCAGCGGCACCGCAAGACCUUCGCGGAGCUGGAGGUGGUGCUGCAGCCGGAGCGACGCCGGGACCUCAUCGAGGCGGCGCACCUGGGUCCCGGCGGCACUCACCACACCCGGCAUCAGACCUGGCACUACCUGUCCAAGACGUACUGGUGGCGAGGUAUAUUGAAGCAAGUCAAAGAUUACAUUAAACAGUGUAGCAAAUGCCAGGAGAAACUAGAUCGAUCCCGUCCAAUAUCAGAUGUUUCAGAAAUGUUGGAAGAAUUGGGACUAGACCUUGAAUCUGGAGAAGAAAGUAAUGAGUCGGAAGAUGACCUGAGCAACUUUACUUCAUCUCCAACUACAGCAUCCAAGCCUGCAAAAAAGAAGCCAGUAUCCAAACAUGAACUUGUGUUUGUUGACACCAAAGGAGUGGUAAAACGUUCUUCUCCAAAACAUUGUCAGGCUGUCUUAAAACAGCUGAACGAACAGAGACUUUCCAACCAGUUCUGUGAUGUUACUUUGUUAAUUGAAGGAGAAGAGUACAAAGCUCAUAAAUCUGUUUUGUCAGCAAAUAGCGAGUAUUUUCGAGAUCUUUUUAUCGAGAAAGGAGCUGUUUCCAGUCAUGAGGCUGUGGUGGAUCUUUCUGGUUUUUGUAAGGCCAGCUUCCUUCCUUUACUGGAAUUUGCCUAUACUUCUGUACUAAGUUUUGAUUUCUGUAGCAUGGCUGAUGUAGCCAUCUUAGCUCGUCAUCUUUUCAUGUCAGAAGUCUUAGAGAUUUGUGAAAGUGUACAUAAGCUAAUGGAAGAGAAGCAGCUAACAGUAUAUAAGAAGGGCGAAGUACAAACAGUUGCAUCCACCCAGGACUUACGAGUACAGAAUGGAGGUACAGCACCUCCUGUUGCUAGCAGUGAGGGAACCACAACAAGUUUAUCUACUGAACUUGGGGAUUGUGAAAUUGUACUACUGGUAAAUGGAGAAUUGCCAGAAGCUGAGCAGAAUGGAGAGGUAGGACGACAGCCUGAGCCCCAGGUUUCUUCAGAGGCUGAAUCUGCCCUGUCAUCAGUAGGAUGUAUAGCUGAUUCCCAUCCUGAAAUGGAGUCUGUUGAUUUAAUAACAAAAAACAACCAGACAGAACUAGAAACUUCAAACAACAGAGAAAAUAACACAGUUUCUAAUAUACACCCUAAACUUUCAAAAGAGAAUGUAAUUAGUAGCUCGCCAGAGGAUAGUGGUAUGGGAAAUGAUAUAUCAGCUGAGGAUAUUUGUGCUGAAGACAUUCCAAAACAUAGGCAGAAAGUUGACCAACCUUUAAAAGAUCAGGAAAAUCUAGUUGCAUCAACAGCAAAGACAGACUUUGGCCCUGAUGAUGAUACUUAUAGAAGCAGGCUUCGACAACGUUCUGUUAAUGAAGGGGCAUAUAUUCGACUACACAAGGGAAUGGAGAAAAAGCUGCAGAAACGGAAAGCCGUUCCCAAGUCAGCAGUUCAACAGGUGGCUCAGAAGUUAGUUCAAAGAGGAAAAAAGAUGAAACAGCCAAAAAGAGAUGCUAAAGAGAACACAGAAGAAGCAUCUCAUAAAUGUGGGGAAUGUGGAAUGGUUUUUCAGAGACGAUACGCCCUUAUAAUGCACAAACUGAAACAUGAAAGAGCUAGAGAUUACAAAUGUCCAUUGUGUAAAAAACAGUUUCAGUACAGUGCCUCUUUGCGAGCACAUCUUAUUCGUCAUACCAGAAAAGAUGCACCCUCUUCAUCCUCGUCCAAUUCCACGUCUAAUGAAGCAUCGGGAACAUCAUCUGAGAAGGGCAGAACCAAGCGGGAAUUUAUAUGUUCCAUAUGUGGAAGAACAUUACCUAAAUUAUAUUCUCUCCGAAUACAUAUGUUAAAGCACACAGGUGUAAAGCCACAUGCAUGCCAGGUCUGUGGAAAGACUUUUAUCUAUAAGCAUGGUCUAAAAUUACAUCAGAGUCUUCAUCAAUCACAGAAGCAGUUCCAGUGUGAACUAUGUGUUAAGUCAUUUGUUACCAAACGGAGUCUUCAAGAACAUAUGAGUAUUCACACAGGAGAGUCCAAGUACCUUUGCUCAGUUUGUGGAAAGUCUUUUCAUAGGGGCUCUGGACUCAGCAAGCACUUCAAGAAACACCAACCAAAGCCUGAGGUUCGAGGCUAUCAUUGUACUCAAUGUGAAAAAAGUUUCUUUGAAGCUAGAGAUCUUCGCCAGCACAUGAACAAACAUCUUGGUGUGAAGCCAUUCCAGUGCCAAUUUUGUGAUAAGUGCUAUAGUUGGAAGAAAGAUUGGUAUUCCCAUGUGAAGUCUCAUUCUGUCACUGAGCCUUAUAGGUGUAAUAUAUGUGGCAAAGAAUUUUAUGAAAAAGCUUUGUUCAGAAGGCAUGUAAAGAAAGCUACCCAUGGGAAGAAAGGAAGAGCAAAGCAAAACCUGGAACGGGUGUGCGAAAAAUGUGGAAGAAAAUUCACUCAGCUAAGAGAGUAUAGGAGACACAUGAACAACCAUGAAGGAGUUAAGCCAUUUGAGUGCUUAACAUGUGGAGUAGCUUGGGCUGAUGCCCGAUCUCUAAAACGCCAUGUCAGAACACAUACUGGUGAACGGCCCUAUGUCUGUCCUGUAUGUAGCGAAGCCUACAUAGAUGCUCGAACACUCCGUAAACAUAUGACUAAAUUCCACAGAGACUAUGUGCCUUGCAAAAUUAUGCUGGAAAAAGACACCCUUCAGUUUCAUAACCAAGGAACUCAAGUGGCACAUGCUGUUAGCAUCUUAACAGCAGGCAUGCAGGAACAAGAAAGCAGUGGUCCUCAAGAACUUGAGACUGUGGUAGUGACAGGAGAAACUAUGGAAGCUCUGGAAGCUGUUGCAGCUACUGAAGAGUAUCCAUCGGUAUCUACACUUUCUGACCAAAGUAUUAUGCAAGUGGUUAAUUAUGUAUUAGCACAACAGCAAGGACAGAAGCUAUCUGAAGUUGCAGAAGCUAUUCAAACUGUUAAAGUAGAGGUAGCACAUAUUUCAGAAGGAGAAUGAGUAUGUUAAUGAAGAUAAAAAGAAGUGACAUCUCUUGUACACUGAACUCACAGAACAUUUGUUUACAAUUCUGUGUGACUGUCUGCUUGGAGUUUACAUAUCAAAGUUCUGGGCUGUUUGGUAACGUAACGUUUCCAAACAUUUUGUCUGGCCAAUGGGUUCUAUAGAAAAGUCCGUUUAGUGUAGAGAAAUUGAAAACAGAUCUAUUAGGUUGGUGCAAUUGCUUUUGCACCAACCUAAUAUUUGAUGGCAGUGGUUUAUCAUGAUAUACCUUUUAUGAAUUAAUGUUUAUAAAUGACUGUACUGAAUUUAAAACUGUACAGUUUCAUUUGCAUUUUGACAUUACUUUAUUAUACGUUUUGCAUUUAAAAGGCUGCACCAGUUGGCUUUUCUUCUGUUUCAUUCUCAAAAUAUAGAGAUUCUGUGAUUUAUUUGCCCUGUUUAUGGUUUAAAAAGAAAAUUCUAAUAUAAAGCAUUUCAAUAGGAUGCAUAGGUAUAUUACGUUUUUUAAAUGCUUUAGAUCUGUGAUUCUUGACUUACUAUUUAUUUUAUCCCCUUUUAAGUCAGGGAUUCUUUAUUCUAUUUUAAAGCACUUAUGAGUUACAUGUUGUAAUCAAGUUUGCACAAUAUAUUUAUCUAUAUGAGGAACCCAUAAAUGAAUAGCUAAUUUUAAAAAUGCCAUUAAAAUGCAUGAAAUGCUUAUUAAAACCUUACUAUACUAUUUCUUCAAGGCAAGUAAAUUGACCAUGAGAAAAGAACACAGUUAUUAAACACUGUUGACGGGAAAAUUCUCCUUGAUAACAUAGGACGAUUAAUGGGAAAAAAAAUUCUCAUUAUUUGCAAAGAAUGAACAAGUUAAUGAACAAACAAACUAGAUUUGGUAUGUUUUCAGCUUUUGUAUCAUGUUUAAUUGUUUAAUUUGGUUGAAAAACUGCAGUUGAGAAAUCAGAUAGCAAUAUAGACAUUCACAGCAGCUCUGUGGAUACCAUGUAAUUGUCAGGUAAUUUCAGAAUGUUGAAAAUUAUUCAGUGCAGCCCUCAUAGUAUCAUACUUGAAGAAAUUGAUUACAGUUCCACCAAAUUGUUGAAGAUAAAUUAUUUUUAAAGGUUAUGAAAACUAAGUUAUAUUAAUUCAUAUGUUUGAUUUUUAAAUCCCACUUCCUCAAGCUAUCCAAUUUUCUGACUUUGAAAAUAACCAUGAGAGAUGCCACAUUUCUCUCUGGGAAACUACCACUCAAAGUAUAAUUGUUAAAAAUUAAGCUUUUAGGUAUUAGAAGCUGUUAUAAAGUAUAAAAUUAAGAUAUAAGCAGAUCACAUGUAAAUCAUUCCUAAAGCACAAGAAAAGAAUGUGCCUUGAUGUACAUAUAUUACUAAGUUGCCUCUCCCAGUUUACUUUAAAAAUGGCUUUAAGGAUAAAGAAUAAAUGUGAUAGCUGUGCAUGCAUUAUAUAUUUGCAUUUGCAAAUUUCCCAUUGUUUUAACAGCUGUGUGGCUGACUUUCAAUUUUAAGACGUGAAUUGACAUACAGCCCAUAACUUUAUAAUGGCUGCUCAUUUAUCUUAUCUUUCAGUUAGUGGAAAAACAUUUCAACCUGACUAAAAUUUGGAAUUGUGUCUUUUAUGUUCCAUCCUCUGUUGUUACUAGAUUUAGUUUAAAAAUUGUGUAUGACCAUUAAUGUAUGUCAUAAACAUGUAAAUAAAAGAUGUUGAAUCUUGUUGAAAAGCA